CUAGUUAGUUCGACGUUGUCAAGGUCCCCUAGCCUAGCUUACCAUUGCCAACAACUUCAGCAUCACUGACUGGGCAGCUCAUGUGGAGGCUGAGGAUUGGCGAGGGCAGCGGUCCAUGGCUGCGGUCAGCGAAUAACUUCAUCGGCAGGCAGGUAUGGGAGUUUGACCCCGACGCUGGGAGCCAGGAUGAGCUCGCUGAGAUUGAGAGACUGAGGAAGGAGUUCACAGAGAACCGUUUCCAGAAGAGGGUGUCACAGGAUCUCCUUCUGCGCAUGCAGUAUGCAAAACAAAACGAUCUUCAAGUGGAUGUUCCAGUCAUCAAACUUGCACAUAGUGCAGAAGUCACGGAAGAGACUAUACUAGCAUCAUUGAGGCGAGCCCUUGCCCAAUAUUCUACUCUACAAGCACAUGAUGGUCACUGGCCUUGUGAUUAUAGUGGUGUCAUGUUCAUUAUGCCUAUUCUGGUAUUUGCAUUAUAUGUCACUGGAUCACUCAAUACUGUUUUAUCAACACAACAUCGAUACGAGAUUUGUCGCUAUAUUUACAACCAUCAGAAUGAAGAUGGUGGUUGGGGAAUGCAAGAGUUAGGACCAAGCACCAUGUUUAGCUCAUGCUUAAACUAUGUUACGUUAAGACUUCUUGGGGAGGUGUGUACACAUGACGCUUUAAUCAAAGGACGAGCAUGGAUUUUGUCUCAUGGAAGUGCAGCAGCAAUACCUCAAUGGGGAAAGAUUUGGCUCUCGGUGAUCGGUUUAUAUGACUGGAACGGGAAUAAUUCGAUCAUUCCUGAGUUGUGGCUUGUUCCAUACUCUCUUCCAUUUCAUCCAGGACGAUUCUGGUGCUUCUGCAGGUUGAUAUAUAUGCCAAUGGCUUAUUUAUAUGGCAAGAAGUUUGUUGGGCCAAUUACACCAACCAUAUUGUCAAUAAGAGACGAAAUCUAUAAAAUAUCAUACGAUGAGAUCGACUGGAACAAAGCUCGAGAUACAUGUGCUAAGGAAGACCUUCUCUACCCAAGGUCAUUCGUGCAAAACGUUAUUUGGACUUCUGUGAAUAAAAUUGUGGAACCAUUGCUGAAUUUCUGGCCAGCUAAGAUGUUAAGAGAUACGGCAUUGAAAAAAAUCAUGAAACAUAUCCAUUAUGAAGAUGAAAGUACUAGGUACCUUUGUAUAUGCCCAGUAAACAAGGCACUAAAUAUGAUUUGUUGUUGGGUCGAAAAUCCAAAUUCGGAUGCAUUCAAGCAACACCUUCCAAGGAUCUAUGAUUAUUUAUGGCUUGCUGAAGAUGGCAUGAAGUUAAAGGUGUAUGACGGCACGCAAGCAUGGGAUACAGCUUUCAUUGUCAAAGGAUAUUGCUCGACUGACCUGGUUCAUGAGUUUUCUCCAACACUCCGGAAAGCUCACGAGUUCAUAAAAAGUUUGCAGAUCCCUGAAAAUCAACCAGACCAUGAAAAUUAUUACCGCCAUAGAUCAAAAGGUUCAUGGGCUCAUUCAACAAUAGACAAUGGAUGGUCUGUAUCUGAUUCUACAGCAGAAGCAAUUCAGGCAUUGUUAAUGUUAUCGAAGAUCUCUUCCAAUCUUGUGGGGGAUCCCAUAAAGGAAGAAAGAUUAUAUGAUGCUGUGGAUUGCUUGCUUUCUUUUAUGAACAAAGAUGGCACCUUUUCAACAUACGAGUGUAAGAGAACUGCAUCUUUGUUGGAGGUUCUCAACCCUUCUGAGACUUUCCUGAACAUUGUUGUUGAUCACCCAUCUGUUGAAUGCACAUCAUCAGCAACUCAAGCUCUUGUUAUGUUUAGAGAGUUGUAUCCAGGGUACCGUGAUGAAGAGAUAAAAAAUUGUAUUAAAGGAGCAUCCAAAUUUAUCGAGAGCAAACAACGAAAGGAUGGCACAUGGUUUGGCACUUGGGGUGUAUGUUUCACUUAUGGGACAUUAUUUGCAGUGCAAGGAUUAGUUGCUGCCGGAAGAACUUAUGAAAAUAGUUCUUCCAUUAGGAAAGCAUGCAGCUUUCUAUUGUCAAAGCAGCUAAGUACAGGUGGAUGGGGUGAGACUUACCCUUCUAAUGAAACUGAGGUCUAUGCAGAGGCCACUAGUCCUCAUGCAGUGAAUACUGCUUGGGCAAUGUUGGCUUUAAUUUACGCUGGACAGGUUAAGCGAGAUCCAACACCACUGUAUGGUGCUGCAAAAGAACUGAUCAAUAUGCAACAAGAGUCAGGCGAGUUUCCCCAACAAGUGAGCGGGCCGGCAUGGACGAGCUAUCGGCCCACCAUCUCGAACGAGGAGGAACAAGUGGUCCAAGAUGUCAUGUGGCCCAGCGAGCACGCUCGCGCGCGGUGGCCGACACGCCGUGGGCCGUGGGCUGUGGGUUUGCGCGCGGGCUGUUGCUGAAAGGCCCCCAAGCGAACAAGGAAAAGAGAGGAAACAGCCCACGCCGAUCGGUGUCCGAUCGGUGUCCGUGGCUCCGCGCCCACUACGGCGGCGCUGCGCCCACCUGCCGCCGGGCGCAGGGCCGUGCCUCUGAAGGGAAAUGGAGACAGGCUUCCUUUGUAAACAUGCGCUGUCAAAGCUACAACAAUUACAUCCUCCAAUCUUCUGGAGCAUUUUUUCAUUAACUUGUCUUGGAGGAUAGCAUCAGUUAUAUUUGUCCUACUAGCACUUUGGGGUAUCAAGUUUCCAGCAUAGAAGUUUUCUUAUAUUUUUGCCAUGAUCUAGCUUAUUACAUCCAAUCAUAUGUUAAGAACCUUUCUCUCCAUUUGAUAAUGUGCUUUUGGCAUAUUUGAUUGCAUGUGAGUUCUGCAUUGACUUUUGUUUUAAAUACUUGUUGCAUUUCCGGAAUCUGCCAGCUUUCUUUUUCAAUGGGUAUUCUACUCAUUUGGCUCCACCAAGUGAAGUGCUGAUUCCACGAGAACUUAUUUCUAGCCAAGACUGUGCGGACACCAGACCAGGAGCUUCUAUUGCAGUUAUUUAUACGACUCGACCAGGGGGAGAGAUGUCCCCCUGAUUUUCAUCUUAAGAAGAUGGUACCGUGACUUGAACCCGGGCUGGCUCAACCAACCGCUGCUUUGGCGUGUUGUGCUGACCAGUUGCACCGUGAGAGUGUUGGCAUAUUGCAGUUAUUUAUGAAUAAUUCUGAUUUUCUUUUGAAUUAAGAAUAUGCUAAAUUUUGAUUCCUCUGACUUGUUAUAAUAUUGCAGGGCAGUCUAAAGACCUGGUAGCUAGGGUUACAACUUCCAUAAUGAGGACAAGGGCUUCAUGGUUUUGGAUGAUGAUGUUUUUGAUGUUCCAAUUAGGAAGGAUAUUGUUCACUGGGUAGUAAGGUAGCAGCUUGCCAGCAGGGGACACACUUAACUAAAGCUAUCGGUGAAGUGAGUGGCACUGGAAGAAAAGCCUUACAAGCAAAAAGCAACCAGAAGAGCAUGGCAUGGAACACUGCACGGCCCCCAGUUUGGAGUUGAGUCAACUAAACUAUGAAUAACAGUUUCAUGGUGGUGCAACCAUCCAUGGGCCUAAACCACGAAUCCAUGCAAUCAAGCUGCAGAAGAAAGUACGGCGGCUAGGGCUUAAGAUUGCCUUGUUUGCUUGAACUGCAUAGGGGAAGCUCUUAGUCUAUGAGACUUGGAACUUAGCCACAAGACAAAAAAAACAUUGUGCAAUAGGCCAGAUGGAUGAUACAAAGAAGGUUCUAUUGGUGGAUGGUGGCGACAUUGAUAAGAUACUAAGGCUGGCUACUCAAAACCUUCACUAUGUUAAUGUACUUCCUUCCAUUGGCCUCGAUGUUUACAGUAUCCUCCAGCAUGACACCCUUGCAAUGACUCAGGCCGCUCCGCUGGCAAGGAGCGUUCUGCGCAGAGCACUGUUGCUUACCACCGGCAACUUAAAGCCUGCGUUCGCGGUCCGCUGAUGAAGCUCGAAGAUUUCAAGUUAUCUCGGUGCUAACUUGGAGCUGCAAUAUCUACUGUUUAUUUUCUGUCAGACAGGAGUUACCGAGGUAGGGGGGAAAUGUUGGAACACUUCCGUGGCUUCUUCUUGCCCGGACUAUGAUGUCCUAGUUUUGUAAUUCAAUAAUAAUAAGAUAUGUAGCUCGUGAUUAUCAUCGAUGGCAUGCAAAAAUGAAGAGAAAGUGCUCUACGACAUUCAUUGCC